AUGUCGUACUUCGGUCAGUUCACAGUAGUGGCUUAUUCAAACUGCGUUUACUGCGCAGGCUUUCCAUGUUAUAAGUGUUCAACGUGCGUGACUGGAGUCAGCAUUCGUGUUGAGGUAUCAGACGCGUUCGAGAGUCACACCGGUGGAGAACUACCUGCUGAUCCGCGUGUAAUCCAACACGGUAAAUAUUAUAUUUUCGACGUACGUGUGAUAAACUUGUGUGAAAGCAUGGCGACGGAGGUGGCGCAACUUCCCCAUCUAAAGGUCGUUGAUCGCGUAAUGGAAUUACCCAUUGUUGAGUUAGCGGUCGUCAAAUCCGCAGAAACGUAUUCCAGAGUGAAGAGUUCGUAUCAAUUAAUGAAUUGGGCUUUGAGCACGGCCGAAUUUUCACUAAGUACCGCGACAAGACAAGCGAUGCCCAUCGCCGUACCUAUCGCGAAAAGACUUGAAACUCCCAUCAAUUUCGUCGAUAAUACGUUAUGCCUUGGUCUUGAUAAAAUUGAAGAAAAAGUGCCGUUGGUGAAGGAAAAACCUGCACAGAUUUUAGAGAAGGCGGUAUCAAGAAUUUCGCAUGUAAACGAUUUGAUUCUUGAACAAGCGACAAAUUUGCGAGACAUCAGCUGGAAUACGGCCAAUCAAAUACUCGAUACACGCUAUGGCAGUGUGGCCGUGAGAGGUAUAGAUAAUACGGCCGUUGUCGUUGAUAAACUCAUUGACAGAUAUUUCCCCGCAACAGAAGAAGAAAAACCGAUAGACAUCAACACAGCUGAGGAGGAUAAACUACUACAUACUUUACAAACGGUCGGUCACUUAUCCAAUAAAGCUGCUCGACGUGUAUACUUAAACAUAAUAAAUCAUCUGAGCACUAUCAAGAAAGAUGGUUUAUCGUCUUAUGUUAGUAGUUUAGUUGAGUUCCUUCGACUCACAAAGUAUCUUCACACUGUCAAUGAAAAACCACAGGCUAAUGGUGAAGUAAAUCAAGAACCACACGACGAAAAGGAAAAGAGCGAGUAAAAACGCACUACUUCUAUCUCAUGUCUAUAUUUAUUUUUAAUAAUUAUGCACAUAUAAUUGUUAUUUGUAUAAUUUUGGUAAUGUUAUAAAUAUUGUUAAGAAUCAAACUACUGUGGUCACACAUACUAUUUUCUAACUGCCGAAGAAGUAAUAAUGAAUUCAUGCGAAAAUAUUCCAUGUCAAUGAAGCGCUAAUCUAUAAACAUUUCUUU